UGAUGGCCUCCCCGCAAACCCUGUUCAUCUUGGGCGCAACGGGCCACUUAGGCUCACAGUUCCUCGUCAACUUGGCACAUAGCCCUGCGAUCCCGCAACUCCGCGUCGUCGCGCUAAUCCGAAAGCUAACACCAGAAACCCAAGCCAAACUGAAAGAGAUCUACAAAGACUUAGAGAUCGUCGAGGGAUCGCUUGAUGAGGCCGCCGAGAUAAAAAGCCAAGCAGAGAAGGCUGAUUAUGUAGUGAACUGUGCGAGUUCUGAUCAUUUAGGGAGCAUACAAGCUAUCCUGGCAGGCCUCGGGAACCGCUCAGAAUCUACGGGAGUGCCCCCCAUAUACAUCCACGUCUCCGGGCUGGGCAUCAUAGGUGACAACUCUCGCGGCGAAUUCGUUGCCCCCGAAAAAGUACCUCAUUACUCGGACAUUGGGUUUACGAUUGACCAGUGCCUUCCUACGAACCCUCAUGUGGAUUGCGACACCGUCAUAGUAGCAGCUGGGACGAGGAAGGAGAGGCCUAUUCGAACGAUGAUUCUGUUCCCGGGGCUGUUUUACGGUAUUGGAGAUGGCAUCCGCAAGACCUCACUAUUGCUUCGCCUAUACGCCGGACUUGCCGUGCAAGCUGGGUUUGCAGGUACAUGGGGUCCGGGAUACAGCCGAGUAGAAAGUCUGCACGUCAAAGACUGUGCAGAGGCGCUAGUGAUCAUGUUUAAAGCCGCUCUGGAGGGAAAAGCGGACGAAGGCCGUGAUGGUUUAUAUUUCGCGGCCGCUGAGCAGAAAGUAGAGUUGAGGGAGAUGGCGAGAUUGAUUGGUGAUGUUAUGUUCGAGAAAGGACUCUUGGAAAAAGGCGGCUCGCAUCCCUUGCCUCCGGAGGUUAUUGCGCCUUUCAGUGAAGGUGGCUGGUCCCUUCUUGGAAGCAAUACGAGUGUCACCCCCGCGCGGUUGAAGCUGUUAGGUUGGGAGCACCGAGAGACGCGAAAAAAGAGCUUUUACGAGUCCAUCCCGGAAGAGAUGGAACUAGUUCUGAAAGACAUGCAGUAGGAUUUGAGCUGAGUCCGAGUCGGAAGGGCGCCGCGUCCAGGGUUUUGUUGGGCAGUUGGUUUUCGAGAGUUCGGGCGCGUCAAAUUCGUUGUUGCUGUUGAGUUUGAGCAUCGAUCUUAAUGC